AUGGCAUCUUCUGAGAUUGAUGAUCUAUUAUCUGGACCUUUGGUAACAUGGUUCGCCAGUUGCUUGGAGGAUCCUAAUUUGUUAACUAGUUAUGAUGAUUUGGUAGAUGGCAUAUUAUUACAUAAUGUAUUUUUACAAAUAGAUCCAGAACCACUAUAUAAUGAAUUAAUACCUCCAGAAGGAAGUUCAUUAAUUCGGACAAAAAAUUUGAAAUUUAUAGUAGAUAAUAUGAAACAAUUUUAUGAAGAAGAAUUAGGUCAUUUAGUCUUAAGAUUACCAGAUACUUUAAACUUAGGCAAGGAGCCACAAGUGUAUAUUGCUGAAAUGAAAUUAUUAUUAUUAAUGCUUCUUGGUUGUGCUGUGCAAUGUCCUAAUAAAGAAAAAUUUAUCACAAACAUAAAAACAUUAAAUGUUAAUACUCAGCUUGCAAUAGUGGAAUGUAUUAAGCAGGUCACAGAUCAUCAAGACAUAGUUAUUACACAAGAUGCAAUGGAGAAUGUAAAUAUGGGAUGUUUAUUUGCACAAAUAAAAAAGUUGACACAAGAAUUAGAUUUAUAUCGUCAGAAAUGGAGAAAUACUAUUAUAAAUGAAAGUGUUGAAAGGAACGAUUCAUCAAUUAGUGUAGAAGCUGAAGAAAUAAAUAAAGCACAACAGUCUAAUCUUGUUAUUAAAUCCGAACGUGAAGAUAGUCAUCAUUAUGCAGUAGAAUUAGCUGAUUGGAAAUCAAGAGUUAGGAAACAACGCCAGGAAUUAGAAGAAAAAACAGAAGCUUUGUUAGAAUGUAAAGAAGAACUUGAGUAUCAUAAAAUGUUAGUAACCAAAUUAAAACAAGAGAAUCAAGAAUUGAUGCAUGAAGCACGCACAGCAAAAUCUUAUAGAGAUGAAUUAGAUGCGGUAAUUGAAAGAGCCGAUCGCGCUGAUCGGUUGGAAUUAGAAGUAGUAAGAUAUAGAGAAAAACUUACAGAUAUAGAAUUUUAUAAAACUCGGAUAGAGGAGUUACGUGAGGAUAACAGAGUUUUGAUGGAGACUAGGGAAAUGCUUGAAGAGCAAUUAAAUUCAUCAAGAAGAAGAGCAGAUAAAGUAUUGGAACUUGAGUCUGAAAUUAUUAAAUACAAACAAUUAUUAAAUGAUAUGGCAUUGGAACGUGCGGCUGACAAAGAGAAAUAUCAAGAACUAGUUGAAGAAAACACUCAGUUGCACAAAUUAACAAAAGCUGCUGCAAAUGAAGCUGCUUUAGCUGGUUCUGUAAGUGAUUCAGAAGAACCAGCACAUGCUGAUAAUAGAUUGUCUGAACAAUUGACAAAUAAUGCACAAACACGUGCUUUAAAACUAGAGUUAGAAAAUCGUCGAUUAGUUGCCUUGAUAGACUCGUUAAAAGAAAGUUCAUUUCAUGAAAAUUCAUCUCGUGUGUUGGAAUUAGAAAAAGAAAAGAAGAAGCUGUCCUUAAAAAUCGAGUCAUUAAAUGAUAAUAUUGAAAGGCUAACACAACAAAAUUCAGACUUGGAGUUAGUAUGGAAACAAGCACUAGAAGAAAACAAGAAGUUACAGAACUCACUAAAGAAUCAAAGAACAUCAUCCGAGAAACAACAACAAGAAUUUCAAAUGCAACAUUCAAAAAUGAUAGAACUGGAAAAAAAUUACGACACAGCGGUGAAAGAAAAACAACGAGUUCAGUCUUUAUUGGAAAGUGUACAAAGACGUGCAGAUGAUUUAGAACGUAGUUUAGAACUUGCAAAUCAGAAAGUUGAGGAAUUAAAAAUUAUCGAGAAUAAUAUAAAAGAAAUUAAUUCUAAGUGUCUUGAUCUCGAAUCAAAACUUAUAGCUGUAGAAAAAGAGAAAGAUAUUGCACAACGUGACAUUCAUCGAUAUCGAGAAACAAUAGAAGAUAAAGAUGUUGCAUUGGAUAAAGCAACAAAUAGCAUUGAGGUUUUAGAAAGGAAAGUAACGCAACUUGAACAGGAACUUCAUGAUUCUGUUACACAAAUUUCAAGAUUACAAGAAAUUGAAAGAUCUAGUAAGGAAUUGGAUUCACGAGCAGCUAUUGAUAGAGAAACGUUAGAAAUUUUGCAAUCGAAUUUAGUAGCUGAAAAAUUGAAUACGCAGCAAUUAUAUACGAUUUUAGAGAAACUUGGCCUUAGCGAUAAUAUGUUGUUAUCGCUUCCACUGGAUAAUAUUGUUAAGAAAAUCGCACAAAUUCCGGAAGUCAUUGAUUAUAUAAGGAAAUCAAACAAUUCCUGUUGUGAAAAAUUAGUACCUGAAUCUAUAAAUUCCGAGAAUGAUGAAACUAGUAAUAUUCAUAGUACUUUAGAAGCAACGGUAGAAUCCCUCAAGAAAGAACAGGAACAUUUAAAUAUGAAAUUAAUUACUGCACAAACAGCUUCAGAAAGCCUUCUGUCUGAAAAUGCAAAGCUUCAAGUACAAAUAACAACAUUACAGUCUCAAAAUAAUUCAUUGACAGCCCAGCAUACAGCUUUGCAACUUGCGAAUUCGCAACUUGUUGCUGAAAAAGAAGAGUUGUUAAAAGAACGCAGUGCGCAACAGCAAGCACAUACACAACUUGUUCAUGACCAAGUCACUUUGCAAUCUUUGCACGAACAAUUAAAUAACGAAUAUGAAAAUCUAUUUCACGAACACGAUGCCCUUAAGUCAAAUUUACGAGAUGUAAAAAAUGAAAUUAGAAUGUUACGCGAAUCAUACGAAGGGUUAAAAGGAAAAAAUAAGACAUUACAAACAGAAAAAGAGUCAUUGCUCAAUGAUGCAAAGAGUUUAAAUAAUUUGAGAGGAGAACAUUCGAAAUUGAAGGAUGAUUUUAGAAAUUUGUAUACUGCUACCGAAAAAUUAAGAAUGGAGUACAGAAAUUUACAAGAAGAUUACAGAAAAAAUAAAAUUGAAACAAAUCGAUUAAGUCUCAAAUUAACAGAAAUGCAAGGCGAACUGAGUAGCAGAGAUGAAAGGUGUUCUAAUUUAGAACUUCAAAUUAAUAAAUUAAAUCAACGUUGUGAGGUUCUAUUGCAUAUGAAUUCAGGCUUGGAUAAUGACAGACGAUCACUAAUGGAUAACAUUAGUUUAUUGUUUAGUCAAUAUCAUGAACUUUUUACUCAUUCUCUUGAAGAUAAAGAACAUUAUCACAUGGAAGAAAAAAUGUAUACGGACAAAGUGAAUCAUCUGUAUAGACAAAAAGAGAAAUUGGAAGAUAAGAUUAUGGAGCAUUAUAGAAAAUUAGAAAGUUGUACUCCAAAAAAAAAAGGAUUUGGGGCAAAUUUCGUACGAAGAGUUCGGAAAGUUGGGUCUGAGUUUCUCAACAAGAAUCGACGAUCUUGGGCGGAAGAUUCUAAACACUCGGAAGGAAAAACAUACGAAUCAGAAUCUGGUGGAAAUGACUCUGAUGCUAGUACGGAUGAUCAUCGGCUAGUAGGGUCGGCUAGAGGUCUCGGGUCGGAUGCAUUAUCUCUUGGCCAUCCAGGCACUAGAAGAACAGUAUAUUAUACUGACGAUUCCCCACCGCCACCAACUAAUUUACCAGAACAAGGAGAUGAUAGACGUUCUAUAUUGUUGGAACAAACUUCACGAUCAGAGGUACAAGUAGAACCGCGACCGGUCUUGAUAUUCAAUAAAGUAUCGGCAGUUAUAAACGAAUCAAAGAAUCUUAAUAAUAGCGAGAUGAAGGAUGUAGGACAAGAGGAAACAAUGAUGGAAACCCCUGUAGACAAAGAUUCAAAAGCGGGCAAUCAAGUGUGGUAUGAAUAUGGUUGUGUAUGA